CAUCUGUCACUUUCAUACGCUUCUGCUGCUCUUCAUUUAUUGCGAGAAAGUGAAGUUGAAUGUUGAAAUUGAAAUUACUGUGUUCAAAUCAUGUUUGUUUAUGUAGAAGAAUUAAUUUGAUUGUUGAAUUAUUGUUUAGUUAGAAUCAUAUUCAACAGUGAAAGUAUUUUUUUAAAACUCUUAACCUUACUUUCAUAAUUUAGAACAACAUCCACCAAGGAAAAUAAUACAGUAUUUACUUUUUUCAAGUUUAUUGUUGUGCCGCAACAUUUCAAAAUUCUCAUAUCUUCUAAAAUUUAUUUUCUCUAGGGUGUAAAAAUCUUAGCUGCAGUAUAAAUGUAUUUAGAAUGAAGUUGGUUAGACAAGUAGGAUGGGGUCGUGCCUUAGGAUUUCUUUUGCUGGUUUGGGUACUAUUCCUACUGGUGGCUGUUACAUUUCUUCGACACGAGCCAGAUCCUCAGACAGCGCAAAGAAUUUCACAAGCUUUCAAAGACCUUCAAAUGCUACAUCAGCAGAGCAUAGAGAUCAAUCAGCUUUUAUCUGACUACAGCGUUAGUGAUGCAACAUUCAGACAAGUGUUCAAAGACAUGGUUGCUAGAAAUUCUGACAAAAAUUUUCAAGGUGUCAAGCUGCCAUUCGGGAAGAAAUUGGAAGGCGAAAGCAGUAAUAUUGGCGAAUGGAGGCAAGAGUCAGGUUUGGACUAUGAGAAGGUGAGACGACGCCUGAAUAUGGGCGUGGAAGAGAUGUGGUACUUCAUCAGUUCCCAAAUAAAGAUGGCCAAAAAGCAAGCUGGCGACUCCGCGCCUCAUGUCUCCAAAUCGCUCGAAAAGAUUCUUGACGAGGGCCUCGAGCAUAAGAGGUGGCUUUUGAAAGACCUUGGCCACCUGGCGGAAGUGGAUGGCCACGCAAAAUGGCGGGAGAGAGAGGCCGAAGAUCUGUCUCGUCUUGUACAGAAGCGCAUUCACCAGCUCCAGAACCCUCCUGACUGCUCCAAGGCCAGGAAGCUGCUAUGUAGUCUCAACAAGGGUUGCGGCUACGGGUGCCAACUGCACCACAUAGUGUACUGCAUGCUGGUGGCGUAUGGCACCGAACGCACCAUGGUGCUCAAGUCGAAGGGAUGGCGCUAUCACCGGGCUGGCUGGGAGGACGUCUAUCAGCCCGUCAGCGACACCUGCCUGGACCCCUCCGGCGCCUCCGUCAGCUAUUGGCCCGGUACGGCUUCGACCCAGGUGGUGCAGUUGCCGAUAAUCGACAGUGUGGCUCCUCGACCGCCGUACCUGCCGCAGUCGGUGCCGGCCGAUCUGGCCGACCGCAUCUCGCGGCUGCACGGAGCACCCUUUGUCUGGUGGGUCGGCCAGUUCUUUAAGUUCCUCCUCCGGCCGCAGCCGGCCACCGCCUCCAUGCUCAAUGAGACGGCCGCCAGGAUGAACUUCAAGCGACCCAUUGUCGGCAACAAUGUCAAUAUGCUGGGACCAACUAAGGGUUGCGGCUACGGGUGCCAACUGCACCACAUAGUGUACUGCAUGCUGGUGGCGUAUGGCACCGAACGCACCAUGGUGCUCAAGUCGAAAGGAUGGCGCUAUCACCGGGCUGGCUGGGAGGACGUCUAUCAGCCCGUCAGCGACACCUGCCUGGACCCCUCCGGCGCCUCCGUCAGCUAUUGGCCGGUAGGUACGGCUUCGACCCAGGUGGUGCAGUUGCCGAUAAUCGACAGUGUGGCUCCUCGACCGCCGUACCUGCCGCAGUCGGUGCCGGCCGAUCUGGCCGACCGCAUCUCGCGGCUGCACGGAGCACCCUUUGUCUGGUGGGUCGGCCAGUUCUUUAAGUUCCUCCUCCGGCCGCAGCCGGCCACCGCCUCCAUGCUCAAUGAGACGGCCGCCAGGAUGAACUUCAAGCGACCCAUUGUCGGGGUGCACAUUCGGCGCACAGACAAGAUCGGCACUGAGGCGGCGUUCCACUCGGUCGACGAGUACAUGUCGAAAGUGGUCGAGUACUACGACCAGCUGGCACUUCUCGGCGGCUCGACUUCCCGACGCCGUGUCUAUCUGGCAUCAGACGAUCCCAAGGUAUAUCUUUGUGCAACUGGGUGUAAAUAUGGUGGUAUUGUCUGCAGGGUGGCGUACGAGAUAAUGCAGUCACUGCAUGUUGACGCUUCGGAUCGGUUCGCGUCGCUGGACGACAUCUACUACUUUGGGGGGCAGCAGGCGCACAGGCAGCGGGCGGUGAGGGGGCACAAGGCCAGGGGGGCCGACCAGCUGGACGUGGAGGAGGGCGACACGUUGGGGGUGUUCGGCAACCACUGGGAUGGCUACAGCAUGGGCCGCAACCUGCGCACCAACCAGGUCGGGCUGUAUCCCUCCUUCAAGGUGGACGACUUGAUUGAGACUGUAGACUUUCCAAAGUAUACAGAAUCUGGCAGACCAUCAAGCAAUGAGAAUCCUACGUGAUCGUAUGGAAAUCACUUCGUGAGCUAUUAGCUAGCUAUAAGCUAAAUCAAGUAAGACAGCUCAUAUUGAGUGGAGUUGAUUGGGGAAGGAUACUAUUGAACUUCUGAUUUGUCCGUCAAACAUUUUCUGAAUUUCUGAUUAAUUUAAUAAGAGUGAUGAAUUAAGUCUGUCAAACUCUUUCCAGAAGCUCCCCUAAUUAGGAUUAUUCAUCAAUUUCGUCUAUUCUACUCAUUCAAAAUAGUACUCUCUCAAGAGCUACAAUCUAGGAACUCUGGAGCGUAGGCCUAUGUUUUUUUUUAAAGUAGUAAUAUCACUCCGUGAACCAUACCUUUCCUAUAUACCGUUUCAAAUUUUCGGAGUCAAAGCUACGAGACGCGUACUAUCACUACCUCCGUAAACAAUGCCAUAGUGCAUUCUGGUGACGUCAGCACAGGUAGGGCUCCUACACCAAUAAAAACACUAGCUCAAGUUAAUAUUCAAUUAUUAUUCUCUCUCAAGUUAAUAUUAUUUGAGUAGUAUUGGACACAUCUUAUUUUUAAUUCUUGAUGGACCUUUUCAUUAUUAUUUGACUCUAAUAUUAUUGAAAUCACUAGUAGGAUGGUUGUCCCGACUCCCGGGUAGGUCGGGUAUUUUUUCAUAAUUCCAUUUCAUUUCCCUCGCACAAGAAUCUUUCAAAGACAAAUGUGGAUGUAGUAAUCUACUCAAGUAAAUGUGUCAGGAGUAAUUUGAAAUAUCAAAUGGGAAAGUUGAACUUUUCCAUCUUCAUUUUGUACAAAAACUGUUUAUCGGAUUCAAGAUUUCUUAUUAUUAUAAACUAGAGCGUUCACAUCGAUAGAAAUGCUAACUUAAGCCCUGCUUUCCAAUGAAUUUCUACUCUACUGGGCUGAAAAAAAUACCAUUGGUUCUUAUUAGAGUGUUCACUCAUAAAAUAUCCAGCAGAGCAGAAAUUCAUUGGAAUCUAUGGCUUUAGAGCUGCUUCAUUGUAGAUGUCUAAAUCUAAACUUCUGAAAGUUUCACAAUUUUAAAACGUUCAAAUACUGAAAUCAGCUAUAAAUGCUGAACGUUUAAAUCCAUUUUGUAGAAGCUGAUGAAUUAUAAAGUAUUCCAUUCUAAAUUAAUGAUUCAGUCCAAAUCAUCAUUCAUAGAAAAUUUAAAUUGAAGAUUUUGAUUUAGUUUUUUUUAAUCUCUUCGCAUAAGCACUAAAUCAUAUGAGAUUCAGUGCAAUCUAAAGACCUCUCCCUGUAGAAUCAUUAUUAAAACUUAAUAUAAUUUGAACGAGGAAAUGAUUUUUUAAUUCAUAGUCUGUAUGUCAUCAAAGUCUGAUGAUGCUUUUACACCAAGGCGAUUCGAAGGUGUUAUUUUCAAGUUAUAUUUAUGUGCUAAAAUAUUGACCAUUAAGAGAAAAGAAUAGAUCCUUAAUCCUUGACACUCUAUUUUUUAUUAAUUACAAAUUUUAUCCUAACUUAUUACUUUCUCCUUCCCCAUUGUAAAGCUCAACUCUAGACUUUCUUCUAGUAACCAGUUCAAGUCACAAAUAUCUUUUGACCAAAUUUUAGAAGUCCAAUAUUAUUAUAAGUUGAAAAGUAUAUAUUGUAUAUUACAAUGGUUUUGUUGAGUUUAUUGAGAUUGAAUGCUAUUAUUGUUGUUGAAUCAUUGAAAAUAUUUAUAUAAAUAAUUGUCUUGUGUAAUAAUUAUAUACAAUAUAUUAUUUGGUGUAGUAGAUUAUAAAUAGUCGAUUUUAAUGUUUGUGAGCUGUAAAUAUUCUGAAUUGGAAAUUCCUUGGAAGAGUUGUUCCCAGAUAGACAGAAUCUGUACUCUCUGUACAGAUUGUAGUAAAUGUACAUGCAAAACAGUGAUUUGUGUUUUGUAUCUAGCUUGCUACUAUACUGUUGGUUAAUGGUUUGAACUCUGGCAAGAUCUGCCAUUUUGUAUAAUUAUUUAACUGACGCACAAGUAUUAGACUAUAGAAAUGUACGCUUUUGUCAUUUAGAAAUUGUGUAGAGAUCUUGAAACAUACGAUGGAAAUUUAGUUUCCAAUAAAAUUCACCCUGGAGCAGAAUACUAUAUUGUUCUACAGUUAUUUUCAUUCUAGGCUGUCCUCAUAUUAAAGAACCACUCGAGGCUUAUCUUCAUUAAUAAUAAUGUGUCUCUGUUCAUGGCGUGGUAUACAUAGGUAUAUGUCCACAAGUGAAAAAGUCAAGAACAAUAAAAACCGCCAUGAUGCAGGUCAAGUAAAAGAACAAAAGUUGCAAUAGGAACAUUCAAAGGGUUAAAUUGAUUAUUUAUUUGUCAUACAAGGCUCAUUCUGUUGAAAAAUGUAUGAUACUCUAUUAAGAUGGUUGUGAAAUUGUAGUUUUUAUAUAAUCGUUUAUUUAUUAUAUAAUAUAGUUUAUUUUCUAUUCAUUCAUUUAUUAUAGAUUUGUAUCUAUGUAUAUUUGUCACAACUACUAGCUGUUUUAUUAUUCACGUAAGUUGUCCCUUAGAUGUUAGUUUCAAAGAUGAUUUUAUAUUGUUUUCAUGGUCACUUGAAGGAAUUUCCCAUUCAGAUUGUUUUAAAAAAGAAGCCACGUAGAGUUGAUGUGAUAUUGAUUAUAAUUGACAAAAACUUUGUGAUUAGAUCACGUAUGAAAAAACAAUUCCAAUAAUGUUGAUGGUUGAUUGUCAACCGUUAUAAAUAGGCUAGAUAGAAAAUAAUUUUAUCCUGAAAAUAUAAUAUUGAUGAAUGUGUUCUAUUAUCUGUAGUUGUGUGAGUGUGGAUUGGUGAAAAUGAUUGAUAUAAUGUAUUUACUUCAUUUUUAAAAUUUAAUAUUAAUUAAAUCAUGCACAAAAGACUAGUUGCAUAGAGAUGUUUCUCUAUUUCAAUUACUUUAAGUUUUCAGUGAUUAUUUUGAAACUUUUGCUCAAAUUGCUCUCAAAAUAAAAUCGCACUCAUUGUUUUCAGUAUUUUCAAAAUACUUGAUUUAAAGUACAAUUAAUUGAACAAAAAAAAUUGAACAAAAUUUAUAAUAUUGUACCUUCUAUAGCUUUUUAUUUUAAUCAACUUGAGACUAUUGAAUAGUUACUUUUUUAUUUUGAAACCCAUGACAAUUGAUAAUUAACUGAAAAAGACUAAAUUUGCUAUUUACCAAUAUUUUGCUCAUUCUCUUAGCUUUCCACAAUAGUUUAUUGCAUAUUAACUUUUUAGUAUAAUAUUACUAUUAGAAUGCGAUCUUUGUUGUGUAUUUUCAUUUCUGGCAAUAUUGUGAUUUUUCAUGCUUUGUAUGAGCAUUAUAAUGCCAUAUUCUAUUGAUUAGAAAACGGUAAGAACUGUAGAAACCAUUCCAAAUUAAACUUUCCUUAUUCUUAAAUUUAUAUCAAAUUUUAGACAGUGUUACUAAUUCAAAAUCGUGGAAGCUUGGAUGAUCCUCUUACUUAUUGCAUUAAUUGUUUCACUUUUUCCAACUGAACAACAUAAAAAAAUGUAAUGUUCAUACAAAUUUAUUUUGUACAGUCUUUCAUUUUCAAAGUUUGAUAGUUUUUUCCCAUACAGUUUAUAGUAUUACGAUACUGUAUCAGUUAGCGAUAUUAGAUUUUAUAUUUUCAUAUAUUGUAAAGCAAUAACAUAGAUUAUUUGAAAAUAAUGUUCUAGCACAGAAAGUAGUAGCUGUCUAUUUAAUUAAGUACUGUCCUAGAUAAAUAUCUUCAGCAUGUAGGAAUGAAAAUCAAAAUUUAUGAAAUAGUAAGGAAAUUUGAAUGUAUGCUAACUUAUAUACAAUGUUUUAUUAUUAAAACUAAUGUGCCACUUAUAUUGUUACGUACAAUAGCUUACAUAUAAUUCUCAUUUUCAUUAAUAUCGCCCAUUGUCUUUUUUUAGUAAAUUUAGUUAUUUACAAGAGUAUAAUUUACUUACCAAUAAUCGAUACCUAUAGUUGUUUCAUUUGCUUUCCUAUCUCUUCAGUGAAAAGUUGUAAAUAUUAUGUUCUGGUAAUAAAGAAUAACCUAUAGCCUACUAAAGCAAUUCUCAUUUAUAACAACUAAAAAGAAUGAUGUUAUGUUUCUGCAAACUUACAAAAUACUCAAAUUAAUGAAAAAUUUGAUAACUCAAAAUUAUUGAGGAUAAAGUACUGGUUCUCAAGCACAUAAGUUAUUUUAGAAUUUAGUGAUGCGGAAACUACGGAUAAAUUUGCCUACUAGUGCAAAAGACAUCUGGAUACUGAACUACAGUACUAUAUUUUAUUAAAGUGAUAUUUUCAAAUUGCGAAUAUUCGAAACGAAUUAUUCUGUAUAGGCUAUUCGGAUUUUCUCAACACUGCCAGAAUUAGUAUUUUUCUAGAAGAGCGCAAAUUGUUUUAAAUUUUGAUAAAUUUACUUUCCAUUUAUUAAUUGACAAAUGAAACAUUUUUCUAACAAUUUUCUCACUAUUCCUCAUAAUAUUUUAAGUGAAUUUUUGUAGUUAAAAUUUAGUUAUUUAGAUUGGGUUUUAUUUUUAUUUUGUCUUGAAUCUUUCUUGUAAAAUUAUCAAUUUGUUGAUACUAUCAAUUUAAAUUCACUUUUAUCCAAAUACGACUAAAUUUCUUAUAUGAUUGUGAUUCAGAUUGUCGAUUUUCACAUGUAACAUUACAUAUUAUUCCAAAACAAUUAUGAUAUUAUUGUGAUAUUGGUUUGACAAUUCUAUAUAAGCAUAGAUGAUAAUAAUUAAAAUAUCUUAAAACUUAUUUAAACUAAUUGUGAUUGAACAAAAUUUUUAUUUGUAUUUUAUUGAUUCAAUGGUGAACUUUGUGCAUGUUCUAAAGUAGUUAGGGGUUAUAUUUUAAUAACUAUUUUUAAUUAUAAGAUUAUUCAUUUAAUAUAUUUUUUUAUUUUAUGUGUGCUCACAAAAUUUUGUACUGAAACUUGACAUACGACAUGAUAAAAGGCUUCUUUAUAUAUGCUACUACAGUAAUUCAUCAAUAAUAAUUAGUUUAUUUUACUGUUUUUUCUUUUUCACAUAAAUUAUUUAAAAUAUUUCAAGUGUUCCAUCCUUUUAUAAAGUACAUAAGUAAAUGAUAAAUAAAAAAGAACCAUGAAACAUGCAUACCAUUUAUAUAAAUGUUUUAUCAAAAUUAUAAAUCAUAGUCUUCAAAAUCGCGAAAGUGCUUUGAUAUAGCUCAAGCGUAUAAUUGUGCAAUGAAACAACAAUUCUCAAUGUAGAAAGUAAAAAGAAUAUAUUUUUUAUUUGAGAGAAUGUUUCAGUUCCAAUAAAAUAUUUUAUUACUUAUUUAUUCAUCACAUCUUGUUAUUUCAGUUUCCCAUAUUUACAAUACCACUUUGGUUUUGGUUGUAAAUAAUUUUUCUCCAGCAAUCAAAUUUGUUUAACAGUGAUACUUUACUUAUGUGUGUGUGUGUAUUAUUUGUACUUGUGAAUUCUUCGGUUUUUAGUUGUAUGAAUUAUUUGUUUUCUCAGUGCAAAAUAUAUUAUUUACAAUAUGACUAUUUAUGUGUAAAUGAGGCAGUACCGUAUGUAAUUAGUGAAUGUUAUAGUUCUGAACUGUAAUUCAUGAUACAUUGUGAACAAAGAACCUCCUUAUCCCUGAAUUGUGAAAAUACUCCUUUGAUGUACAGUACCAUAACUCAUGAUAAAAGUUCAGUUCACUCACUGCUACCAAUAAGAUUUAAAAAUCAAGAUGAGAGAUAUUUUCUACACAUUUUGAUUGAAGUGGAAAUAUUGUAAAUCAAAAACACAUUUCUCAAGAAAGUUAGUAGAUCAGCAUGAUCUGAAUUUGAGAAAAGCGUAGUGUCUGAAUGCGUCAGUUGUCAUUUUUACACUGCAGAUUGAAUUAAGAUUAUACUACUUCUUACUGUACCUACUAAUCGUACCCUAGAAUAAAAAUUGGGGUUUCUUGAACAAAUGUUAGUGUUUAUGAAAGCUGAAGACAAAAUUGACUGAUACACCUGUUUGUUGUACUGUUUUUUGCAUGUGUCAUCUUUUAGAAUCUGAUGUAUGCCACUCAAAAAUCCAUUGUCUUUGUGGUAGAUGACAUUUUAAAUGUUUUAAAAACUUGGUGGUUUCAUCCCGAAAAAUUCUAUCCCCAUGAUGUGAUGAAUUAUUAGAGAUGAUUUAUAUAAGAAAAUUAAACGGAAAAAUUUCAAUUAA